CCGGGAAACAAGCGAGGAACAAUCCUUCCUCCUCUCGAAUACCUUUUCCUGUUACGGCUAGAAGACAGCGUUCCCGGGCGUUGACAAUGCCUGCGAACCAAAACGGCACCUCAUUGCCAGACCACAUCACAUCAGCUCCUUUCGGGCCAUACUCCGUAUGUGACGAUAAAUCUUUUGGUCCAGAAACUAGCCCACUCAUAACGGAGUACGGAAUACUGUGUGAGAAAUAUUGGCAAGCCGGGACCGAUCUGUGAGCUCAAAUGCAGAGGGGGGCAGAACAGAGUGGAUUCAGAUCAUUGCUCACCAGCGUCUUGUUGGUACUGUAAUGCUUUCUGAACAACGGGAAUCUGCCUGCCAAGCGCAUUCAAGGGUGUGUACGCAGGAUUCGCAUUGAGGUGUGAGCGGGUUGAUUAAGCCUCAGAGUCCUCUCCGGUUCAGGGUGACUGUUGCAACUUAGGUACUCCAUAGGCCUGUGGAUGAGCCCUACAGUCUAGACAGCUUGUCAGAUUCUGUACUUUUCGGAGCAAGCUCAGAGAAUGUCCGUCAAGUCAGCCCCGACAAGUCCACCGAGAAGCAUACUGGCAGUGGUGACCGUGGGAAGAUGGAGUCACGCGUUCCCGAUACUGGAGGUGUGCCGAGUCCUUCACUCUCGUGGACAUGAGAUCCGGCUCGCGUGUUGCGAAGGUUCGCAGAGCACCAUGAUGGAAAAGUAUCCUUUCAUCUCUCGAGUCGAUGCAAUUGCGCGCUGCAUCACGCCCGUAGAGGACGAAGUCUACCACCAUCUCCUGGAGGACAGCGACGUCAGGGACAGCAAAGGCCGCGCGGACAUGCUCAAGGUCCUGCAAUUCAUGGAAGGCUUCUGGGUCGAGGCACACAGGUCUCUCGACGGCCUUGUCCAACAACACCAAGAUCGGCCUGACCUCAUAUUCGGCGAUGUUCUCGACCUCCAAGCCUGCAAGGACGUUGCGGACAGGUAUUCGAUCCCUCUGGCGACCAUGCAUCCUCAAGUCCCAUUCAACCUUGAAUCUCCCAGCUACAUGCCAGGCAUCCCCGGGUUCCAACUGGAAUGCCUCACCAGUGAGCACGCCUCGAUAUUGGAUCGAAUCUACGAGCAGGUGUUUGCCGUCAAGAUGCUCUUUUCACUUCGGCACCAUAUCUUAUGGCGCAGACGUCUACGUAGAGAAGCAGGGCUGCCAGCUGCAGGACUGGUCCGGAAGCCGAGUCAUCUGUACCUCAUCAACGCGUUUUUCGGCUUGGACGUGCCCAGGGCGUUGCCACCACUGGUGGUCCCGGUCGGACCGAUCCUCUACGAAGACUAUCCUGCUUUGGAUGCAGGGACGGCAAACUUUCUCAACUCGCAUCAGAAGGUGGUCUUCAUUGCUUUCGGCACUCAUGUGAGCAUGGGCGGUGAACGCUUCAUCAAGAUCGCCCGAGGCGUUCAGGCUGCUUUGGCGUCUGGACACGUCGAUGGCGUCCUGUGGGCCAUCAAGAGAGGAGGAAAGCAGGUCGACACCACCUUGGCUCUUGGGCCCGAGAUCCACGAAAUCUUGCAAGACGGUACUACUACUAGUAACACGCACUGGAGACUUCUGCCAUGGGCUCCUCAGCGCGCUAUCCUCGACCAUCCAUCCACCGUGGCCUUCAUCUCACAUUGCGGAUCCAGCUCGGUGUAUGAAAGUGUCUUUCACGGUGUCCCCGUACUGGGCAUGCCCAUCUUCAACGACCAGUUCAAACACGAAAAGUGUCUGCGUGCCGCAGGCGUUGGUCUGGGGCUUGACAAAAACAGCUUCACUCCCGCCGAACUAUGCGAUAAGCUUGCCACACUGGUCAACGACCCUGAUGGCACCGUCAAAAGGAACUGCGUAAGGCUGAAAAGGAUUGCUGCCAUCCAAAGUAAGAAAAAGACAUAUGCUGCUGAUCUGAUCGAGGAGUUGAUGUAUGACCAUGAGCUGAGAUCUGACUGGAAUGAGCACGACGAUGAGUGGAAGACGAGUGGACAAAGCGAGACGGACAGUUCGAGAAGGAGCAGACGUGAGCUCAGACCUGCACAUCUACAGACGGCUGACGCGAGGAUGUCAUUCUGGAAAGCUCAGAACUACGAUCUGCUUUUCGUAUAUGCCCUUGUUGUACUUGGUCCAGCGGUCGUUGUUCGCACUGCGUGGAAGCUGCUGUCACGCACAAUUUGAAGUAUUUGCUAUGUGCUCCAGGACUUGAAUAUGACAUAAACUCGAAUUUCAUGUCCUCGCUUAUCUCAUUCAUGC